AGAUGUGACACAGCUGCUCAGAGCUCAAGAUUAACUAAAUAUUAGUGGCGGAAAAUAUCAACGAUUUCAAUGACGGGCAAAUUAAAUGAAUAUCUACUGCUUAUGCUGUAAUAACAUUUCUAUGUAAGCCUACUUGAACAAUACUACAAUAAGGCACAUCUGGUUGUUCAAGUAAAUACAUUUUGAUUAUGCAUGUGGCUUAACAAGAACAUAGGGGAGACCCUUGCUUAAGAAACAAUAACAGAAUAACUUAUUGGACCAAAACCAAAGAGAGAUGAGUUUUAGCCUAAAUGUCAGGGAAACAGCUAUCAACCUGGGACUUAGUUGUGUAAGUGAGGCUUCACUAUAUAUAGUUCUGAACUAGGCUAAAUGCAACUUAGAUUUCGACUCUUACCCACUCUUGGGUCAGAAUACCUGGACUGACAUUAGAAACCUUAGCAAUUCUAUCAGCGUGAGAGUAACUUAUUAUUUAAUUUUAGCUUACUUAGACGGAUUUUGUUGUGGAUACCCCCUAAAUCUACCACCACUUCCUACCCCAUCUCACUCUAUUUCUAUCCUUUUCUUCAUAAGGUCAGUUCAUUCUAUCACUUGUAUGGCUUUUUAAUCACUUUGUUUAUGCAUCACUGCAAUUGCACUUUUCAACCAGGUGAUGGCAGCACUUUCAUUCGUCUUGAAACGAGCAAUUACCAGAGUCCAAUUGGGAGAAUCCAUUGGAAGGGAAAGUAUGUUAUUUAUACCUUGAACAUCUCACCGUCUCAUCCGCCACAGAGAAAGUAGAUCCAGUGUAAACCCGGUACUCAGGAAACAAGAGGACCAGGUCACAAGCAGGACCCUUUGUGAUGCUAUGAUGUUUGUGCAACAUUGUGAAGUAGAGGCUGGAGAGGAAGCAUCCAGACAUACUUACUUUGGAUAGUAAAGAAAUAACGUCCUAUAACCUUUUUCAAACUUUUUUCUCAUAAGGACUACUAUGUUCCCGACAAUGGGACUACAAAAUGCGCAUCUCAGAUAUUUUUGCCCCAUUGCGGUCAUAACGUUUUGUUUCAUGCAGGCUGCAUAAACAGUAAAUAGUUGUCACAUUGAGCAUGGUGGCUCAAGCUCACACUCCUGUCCACUCGCUCCAGGCAGGAACUACUCUCUCUCCCCUCCCGCCAGCAGAGUGUCGUCUCUGGGUCGCCACCAGGUCUCGGCCUCCCUGUCCCCAAGGCCUCACGCUCGAGUCUCCACCGCACCCCCAGCAGGGAAGCAGGGCGCCUGGCCGGAGCUCCGUCUCAAAGCCCCUACGCCCUGGGAAGCCGCCUCCCGCCAUCCCAUGGGCCUGGUGGACGAGGCGUUCACCCACCAGAGCCUCCACCAGGCCAUCGCCUCCAACGUCCGCCUGGCCGUGGAGCGCAAGCUGCUCCCGGAGCCGCCGGACGACUGGAAGGCCCGGGUGUCGUACCAGCCGACCGCCGCCGCCCCGAGGACUGGCGGGUUUCAGAGCCAGUCCUGGAGCUACAGUCGCAGCCGGAGCCAGGGUCGACCUCCGUUGCCGUCGUUUGUGUCGCCUCCUCCCGCCGGCACGAGCAGCGUCGCGACACCCGGGCGCUACUACGGUUCUCUGCCCAAACAGUGGCGGCCUCAGCCGGGCACGACGGACCCACAGCUCCGGUCCUCUGCGUUGAUGUCCGAGUACCGAAGGCCCUCGGCCAGGCCCACCUUCACGGCGGCGUACAACAGCAAAACCACGUGGAGCUGCAAGCGAUAAGUGACACACUCGGAGUCAAGGUGGUCGUUGACGUUUGGGCUUGAAGUUCGUUUUACACCAGGCACGAUUUUGCUUUGCACUUUUCUUUUGCAAACCAUAGAAUGAAAACAUAGUUUAACUAACGUUGAAUUUCAAUACACAUAUGAAGCAAGUUAUAUUUUAAAAUAUCAUAGAUUUUUAGGUUCACUACAGCCAUCAAUUCACAAUAUCGUUGUAUUUUGUCGUUUCGUUCAUACGCGUCGUUUCUGAUGUAAAUUGCUUUUAGUAAACUUGUCGUUUAACCUAAAUAGGGCUAUAAUAUAACUUAUUGAGGUUGAUAUUUCAACAGUAACGCAUUGUUUUGGAUGGAAAUGACAGAUAUAAAAGAGUAUUGGAGUUGAAUGUAGUUUAUUGCGUCUUUGCUCUACAUCCAAAAAAGGUUAUUUUAGUGUAUUUUUCACAGUAGCACCUCUUAAGAAGAGUCAUUGGCAUGUUGUGAAUGGUAGAGUGCACAUUAUAAGUUUGAAAAUAAUUUGUGCUUAAUGUGUGGGUAAGUGGAUGAAGGGAAAUGGAUUGAAAGAUUCCUUAAUUGGAAAUUAGUUGGAAAUAUAAGACAUUAACUCUUGCUGUAUUUUUGCCAUGCAUCACACAGCCUGUCUUAUCGAUUGCAAUAUGGCUGAACUGAAAAGCUUGAAAUUGAUGAGCGUUUUUACGAUUUGUUAGAAGAUGUUAAGAGUGGUUGGUGAUUAUAUUGCAGCUGCAAUAUAACUAGAGUUUGAUACGUUGGGUGUAUUAUUUAUAUACAAUCAACACGAUUCUGGUGUGAUUCCAGUUAUCUAUGUAAUUCUACUACAGUUGAACCAUUUUGCAUGCUGGGCUGUGAACGUUUGAUUAUCCUCUCCUCUCCUCUUCCUCUCCAGUUUUAUUAAAAUCUUGAGCCUGA